AUGCUGGUAAGGCAUGACUGUGACGGGGUGGGGAAGAACGAUGAUGACUGCACAUGCCAGUGUUCAACAAUACUUGGAGGUUCAGGGUACUGUACUUAUAAGCCCCCUAAGUCCCCUGCAGCAAUAGGUGUGAACGUGAAGGAUGCCGAUCUCAAGGCGAUGUGGUUCGAAGAGGCGUUCCGCCUUCUGCAGGUGGGCGUCUCUAGCAAUUGGUGGGGCCUCGGGUGCCCUUCACAUUGCCAGGGAUCCUUGCUUCUGCUGUUGCUUACUCUGGGAUUUGGGGUGCUUCUUGGGGUCGUUUUUACGGUGUGGUUCUUUCGGGAUUCCCUUCUUCAGGGGCCUCGUCGGGAGCCUCCUUCGUUCAACUCCUCCCCGCCUGCUGCCAAGCGGCCCUCUGAUCUAAGGCUCCGGGCCUACUUGCAUGAGUGA